GACCAAUGGGCUAACAGGCCGUUUUGGCUCCCCCCAUCGGAAGUGGCGUAUUAGGUAUUUUUCUGGCGUGAAAAUUUAAAAUCCAAAUUAACUCACUGGGUGAUUCAUAAUAGGAAAGUGUCCAUGGCGCAGUCACUGGUCCCCAGUUCGGCGGGUGUGGGCAUGAGAGGCGCCCCGGUCUCCCCGCAGUGCCGGCCUUCCCCCAUGACUGAGCUCACCAACUGCUUCACAGGACUCACUGCCUUCCAGACAGGUGACACGCCUCGCCGUUGUCUGGACUUGUCCAACAUCAGUAAUGGGAGCCUGGAGGAGGCUGCUGCAGUGACGUCUCCACAGGGUGGCCUACACUUAGAACCACCCUCCUGUUCGGUUGUGGUCCCAGAGUCACCCGUGCCCAGGACCAGCCGCAUGAAGAGACUGAGGACCUUCCUGCCCAGGUUACUGUGCAGCAGCCCCAAACCUCCGCCCGGUGGAAAACCUGUCAUCAACAAAGAGAAUGUGAGUCCUGAGGAGUCGUGGGCAGGUAAAGGUAAAGGCAGGUGUCUGAUGCCCUCCCUGGGUGCCCAGGCUGCUGGCGGAGAGGAAACCGAGGGCAUGGUGAGCCCCAUCCACCCCACGCCCCCCCUCUCUCCUCCCAUGUCCCCCAUGGACGCCUUCGAGGGACUGCAGGAGGAGGGAUCAGUAAAUGUUGCCAUGUCAUCCAGUAUGGCACAGCUUCUCUCUGAUCCACUCAUGAGCCAGGACCUCAGCCUCUCCACGGAGGCGUCCAUGAGCCGGCGACCGGGGCGCCGGUUGAUCCGCUCGCCGUCCAUGCCCGAGCGCCUGCAGCGCCCCCUUCUGAAACGCCCCCGCACCUCGCCGCUCGCGGCCAAGCCACCAAUCAAACGCCACCGCACCAUCUCCGCCAUCUCAGAGCAUGAAUCAGAGCCACAGCUCUGCAAACCAGCCAGCGCAGAGGGGAGGCAUCUCCUGAAGAAGACUUUGUCCCUGUGUGAGGUGGCAGAGCAGCAACUGGGGGGAGAUGUUAAUGCUGAGCUCAUUGGAGAUUUCAGUACGGUGUAUGCUCUGCCCACUGUGACUGGCAGGCAUCAGGACCUGAAGUACAUCAGUGGGGAGACGAUGUGUAAUCUGCUAGAGGGACGCUACAGCUGUCUGGUGGAGAGCUUUGUGGUGGUGGACUGCCGUUAUCCUUAUGAGUAUCAGGGAGGACACAUCAAGGGUGCCCUGAACAUGCCCAACUCUGAUGAUGCAGUAGAGCAGCUCCUUUCCCAGCAGCUGAAAGCUGUGUCCCCCAAUAAGAGGUUUCUACUGGUCCUGCACUGUGAAUUCUCCUCUGAGAGAGCUCCCCGCACGUGUCGCCUGUUGCGUAGUGUGGACCGCAGCAGGAACGAGUACCCAGCUCUGACCUACCCUGAGCUCUACAUCCUCAAAGGAGGAUACCAAGAUUUCUACCACUCACACAAAGAGUUUUGUGAGCCCCAGUCCUACUGUCCGAUGCACCAUGAGGACCACAGGGAGGAGCUCCUGCGCUGCCGCCAGAAUAGCCGCGUCUCCGCUGAGGAGCGUCGCCGACGGCAACUCGUCAACCGCCUGGGCAAACUCUGACACACGCACACACACUUAUUCACAACCACACAAACAUACAUAUGCACAUACAUGUAAACAUUCAGACACACACUGAGACAGUUAAUUAUUCAGUGUAAUGAACUCACAUUCUCUCUCUCACUCUCUCUUCACACACACACACACACACACUCACUCACUCACUCCCACACACCCUUUCUCUCGCUCACUCAUUCUCACACACACACACACACAGUCUCCCUCCCUCCCAAACCAGAUGUGUGACAUGAUGGUGCUAAUCAUGUUUGACAAAUCUCAGACGGUCACCAAUUCAGAAGGUGUGUGUGUUUGUGUGAAUGCUGUAACGCGGGCUGAACUGGCCCUGCUGCUGUAGCUCCACUCUUUCCCCAACCCCUGUGUUACCUCAGCUCUGUGUGUAUGUUGUCAGUGACUAAAAAGAGUCUGACAAGAUUAUAAAAUCUCAGUGUAUGGAGUCCGUGUGUGUGUGUGUGUUCAUGCGUGUGGUUGUGUAUGUACACACACCUGUCCUGUUUACGCAACGAAACGAUCAUGAGAUUUAUUUUUUUCUUUUAUAUAUAUUUUUUGUAAGCAGCCAAAUAAUGUGAACUGUACGCUUGCCCACUGCUGUGUGUGUUAUUUGAGUUAGCAGGGGUCUGUUUUAUCAUUAUUCAAGUCAUUCUGUGCGAAGGGCUUUUGGCUGAGCAUGGGUGCGUAGGUUUCCAGUACAGUACAGUUAAUACUACAGCAUGUGAUUCAGCAUCCACUGCCAUAAUGAUAAACCAUUUAAAAUAAAAAUUGUAUAUUUUUAUGCUCUGAA